AUGUCUUCUUCUUCCUCCUUCUCUUCUACCAAUUGGCGUUAUGAUGUCUUCCUGAGCUUCAGAGGGAAAGAUGUCCGAAAAACAUUCCUUAGUCACUUUCUAAAAGAGCUAGAUCGUAAACUGAUCAGUUUUUUCCAAGACAACAAGAUCGAAAAAAGUCAAUCGCUCGAUCCCGUGCUUAAACAAGCCAUUAAGGAUUCGAGGAUUGCAAUUGUUGUCUUCUCCAAAGAGUAUGCUUCUUCUAGAUGGUGCCUAAACGAGCUGCUGGAGAUAGUGAAAUGCAAGAACAUGUCAGGUCAACCUCAACGUGUGAUACCCGUUUUCUAUGAUUUGGAUCCUUCUCAUGUCAGAAACAUGAGCGGAGACUUUGGAAAGAUAUUUGAAAGAACAUGCCACAACAAAACAAAGGAUGAGGUAAAAUUAUGGCGGCAAGCGUUGAUGGAUGUAGGAAAUCUCGUCGGAUUCCAUUCUCAAAAUUGGGAAAAUGACGAAGCAAAAUUGAUUGAAGCUAUUGUCACUGACAUUUUGACGAACCUAAAUAUAACUCCAUCAAACGAUUUCGAGGGCUUUGUUGGGAUCGAAGAUCAUAUCACAAAGAUGAGUUUGAUGUUGGACUUGAAAUCUGAAGAAGUGCGAAAGGUUGGGAUAUGGGGUCCCUCAGGAAUUGGAAAGACUACCAUUGCAAGAGCUUUAUUUAGUCGACUCUCUCAUCACUUCCAAGGUAGGGUUUUCAUAGACAUGCGUUUCAUAUCUAAGAGUAUCAAAGAUUAUAGCAAAGGUAACCCGACUGACUAUAACAUGAAGUUGCACUUGCAAAGGAAAUUCCUCUCUCAAAUAUUAGACCAAGAGGGCAUAAAGGGUUCUAACACAGUUCAAGGUAUAUCAUUAAAUCUAGACGAGUUACGGAUACAUAAGAAAGCCUUCAAAAAAAUGAGAAAUCUCAAAUUUCUGAACAUUUAUACUAAUACAUUUGGCGGGAACAAAGAAACUAGAUGGCACCUACAAGAAGGCUUCGACUAUUUGCCCCCUAAUAAGCUCAAAUUUCUAAGUUGGGAAAAAUACCCGUUGAGAUUUAUGCCUUCUAACUUUCAACCUAAAAACCUUGUCAAGCUCCAAAUGAUGAAUAGCAAUCUCGAGAAGUUAUGGGAAGGAGUUCAUGCACUUACAGGGCUCAAGGAUAUGGAUUUGUGGGGAUCUAAAAGUCUGAAGGAAAUUCCAGAUCUUUCUAUGGUCACUAAUCUCGAGACACUUAACCUUGGGAGUUUAGUGGAACUUCCGUCCUCUAUUAGACACCUCAAUAAACUAAUCGAGUUGGACAUGUCAUAUUGUUCUAAUUUGAAGCUUCUCCCAACGGGAUUGAACCUCAUAUCUCUCCAAUGCCUCCGUUUGUGGGGAUGUUCACAAUUGAAGAGUUUUCCAGAUAUCUCAAACAACAUUUCAGAUCUUGAUCUAGGGGAAUCAGCGAUUGAAGAAUUACCCUCUAAUCUACGUCUAGAGAAUCUCCAAGCACUUCAAAUGUUUACAAUGAAAAGUGGGAAAUUGUGGAAAACAGUGCAGCCUCUUACACCUCUCAUGACCAUAAUGUCUCCCUCUUUGACGAGUCUGAGGCUCUCGGAUAUCCCAAGUUUGGUGGAGCUUCCAUCUUAAUUUCAGAAUCUCUAUAACCUAAAGCAUUUGACUAUUACAGAAUGCAUAAAUGUUGAGACUCUUCCAGCCGACAUCGGCUUCGAAUAUCUUACUUGGCUCGACCUUAGUGGAUGCUCACGGUUGAGGAGUUUUCCUGAUAUCUCAACCAACAUCUCAUUGCUCAAACUAGUUGAAACAGGGAUUGAGGAGGUUCCAUGGUGGAUCCAGGACUUUUCUUGCCUUCGAUUCUUAUACAUGAGUGGAUGCAACAAUUUACAAUGCAUAUCCGUAAACAUUUGUAAACCGAAAAGUCUCAAGGUUGCUAAUUUUGCACAUUGCGUGGCAUUGGCUGGAGCUCGGAUUAAUGAUACUCCAAGUGAGGUGGCAAUGGAAACAGACAGUAGUUACUCUGAGUUACAAGUCUCUGAUGAGUCUUCCUCUUCUCUUUCAGAUCAUUACACCCCCAAACUCGAUCUCAAUUUCACGAACUGCUUCAACUUGGAUCCAGAAGCUCUGCUUCAUCAACAAUCAAUUUUCAAGGAAAUAGUCUUGCCAGGUGAAGAAGUGCCUUCAUAUUUCACUCAUCGAAAUUCUGGAAACUCCACUUCUCUGAGCAAUAUCUCUAUGCCUGACACCUCUCCCUACCAACCAUUCUUAAGGAUUAGGACUUGCGCCGUGAUUGAUUAUGAUGGCAUAAUUACACCUGGUAUACAUAUUCAGCUAUCUUGUCGGUUCAAAGGAAGACUUGGGAACCAUGUUGAUUCCACAUAUAAAAAAGAUUGUUUGUGGACAGAGCAGAAGGUUAGUCAUCUUUUUAUAUUUGACUGUCUUUUCCCAUUAAACAAAGACAAUGACCCUAUGGCUGAAGUAAACUACGAUCAAGUGGAUAUAAAGUUUAGUCUCACUGGUGGCUGCAAUUUAAAAGGAUGGGGUAUACGAAUUUUUGAGGACUGUGAGACUAAUCAGAGUGAAGAGUGUGGAGACAGUGAUGAUCAGAGUGAAGAGUUUGGGAACAUUAAUAACAGUGAUUAUCAGAGUGAAGUGUAUGGAGACAGUGACGAUAGUGCGGACAUUCGACUCUCUCAGGAUUUUUCAUCACCGAAUAACCGACAUGGUAAACGAAACACUCUUCCGUAUGUUUGUGAAGACAAUAUGGUCAAUGAUGGAUUCCAUGAAACAGAACACAGUAGAGAAUGUGGACGCAGCGAUGUCGAGGCAGAGAGCAGAAGUAAACGAAUGCGAGUAAGCAUCAAGCUUGAACUUUAAAGAAUAUUCUUAUGUCUCACAGUUCUUUUUCUAGGAUCAUUUGAAAAUUAUUUUAUUUAGUAGACUAUUUUUUUCGCAGAUUACGUGAAGGACACUCAAGAAAUUGUGAACCUUUGAUUCAUGAAUACGAAAUGAGUAAUUUUGCCGGUUCUAUAGGA